GACCAUCAGGCGCCCGCUCUUUCUGACGACAAACUGCGGGGUGUUGCUCAGCGAACCUCUCAAGGACGCAAAGCGAGAGAAAACAAAGCGUGAAUAUUUGGGUAUCGAGUCGUGCUUUAUCUUGUAUUUAUUUGGCAAUGCCCGAUUUCGAUCUUGGGGCGUCAAUCCCCCCGCAUACAGCUCAUGCUGUGAGCGUCUCCCUGCCGACAUGGAAGUCCAACAUCGGCUAUGAGGAGGGUGAGGACUGGGUUGUUGGCCAAAUGUCAACCGGCUAUCCUCGCUUUUUUAUCCACAGGAGCAUCCAGGCUUUUGCCGCAGAUAUCGCAGCGAGAUUUGGGACCAAGGAUUCUAAGGCCUUUCUGUUUCCAACACGCCAGAUCGCUGCUCGUUGUGUACGCUUUGUAAAUGAGCACGCCCCCCCGGCCGUCGCCGCCUCACUCGACACCGUCAACCUUGUAUUGAAUACGACAGAGUCGAUCCCCGAGGCUUUGGAGUCACUCUCUCCGGUCAUCUCUGCCGUCCUAUGCUCCCAGGAGGCCUUCCCUUUCCUCAAGCAGUUCUGGCAACACACGGGCGAUGGUGUCUCCAGCCGCAGAGCCGAGUUUUGCCACACCCUCUUCAAAGAUGGCCUACUUCAUCUAGAUGAAGGGGCCACAACUCCAGCUGCCGCGAGCCCGAAGCCAUGCAGAGGCCCCAGGCGCUACCAGCGACCGGCGUCCAUCGACACCACGAAAGCAACUCUCUCGCAGAAGCCCAGUCCAGACCGAGGCCCAGCGGCGGCACCUGAGAUCCAGGAAACCUCACGAUUUCUGGAGGAGCGCUUUGGUCGGAAUCUCGACAUCUCCUUCGUGCAGCCCGCCAAAUCCGCCAUCAAGAGACGAAUUGCGGGUGCCCUCCGGAGUGACAGCGAGCUCACCACUGCGCCUGCCCCCGACGACGAGAUGGAGUCCAACUCGCGAGGUGUCGUCAACCUCAGGGAGGAUGACAUCUACCUCUUCCCUUGUGGCAUGAGUGCCAUCUUCAACACCCACCGCGCCCUGUUCGGCGCCCGUGGUAGCUUAAAGAGCGUUAACUUCGGCUUCUCCUACGUAGAUACUUUUAAGAUUCUCGAGAAGUUCGGCCCCGGGGCCGUAUUCUACGGACAUGGCUCGGAAUCAGAUCUCGACGACCUCGAAAAGCGUCUCGAGGGUGGCGAGCGGUUCCUAGCGCUCUUCUGCGAGUUCCCCGGCAACCCCUUGCUGGCGUGUCCAAACCUGGCCCGUAUCCGGCAGCUUGCCGACAAGUACGACUUUGCGGUCGUGGUAGACGAAACAAUCGGCACAUUUGCCAACGUAAACGUGCUCCCCUUCGCCGACAUCGUCGCCAGCAGCCUGACCAAGAUCUUCUCGGGCGACUGCAACGUCAUGGGGGGCAGCGCCAUCUUCAACCCCAACAGCCGGUACUAUAUAGCGCUGAAAGAGUGGGCGCGAACCAGUUACGAGGACACGUAUUGGCCCGAGGACGUCAUGUUCAUGGAGCGCAACAGCCGCGACUUCGUCUCCCGUAUUGACCGGAUCAACGCCAACGCCGAUGCCAUCUGCGACGUGCUCAGGGACAGCCCGCUGGUCAAGAAUAUCUUCUAUCCCAAGUACAACAAGACCAAGGCCAACUACGAGGCAUGCAAGUUGCCGAACGGAGGAUACGGCGGCCUCCUAUCCGUCGUUUUCCUUCGGCACGAGCAAGCUGUGGCGUUCUACGACGCGGUUGAGACGGCCAAGGGCCCAAGUCUCGGCACCAACUUCACCCUCGCCUCCCCCUACGUGCUGCUGGCACACUACCAAGAGCUCGACUGGGCUGAAGAGUUUGGAGUGGAGCGCGACUUGAUCCGCAUCAGCGUUGGCCUGGAAGAGACCGAACAAAUUGUGGACGUAUUCAAGGCCGCACUGAGGGCAGCCGGCGAAGGGGUGGAAACCAAUGGACAGUGAUCGAUACGAGGAAAUUAAGGAUUAAAUUAUUCGCUGCUUGUGGUGCCUCUGUUGACGGGCGCGCAAGUCAACGCUGAAAGAACCGCCACGCUCACCGUGGCCAGAAGGUUUACAUCACAGUACAUGGAGCAGGGUCCCUGUCCCCGACGUAAAUAUCCCCGAACAACUCCCUGCGUCGUUCAAUCUCAUUGUAUACCUGUUUCUCUUUGGUCUCCUUGGGAAACCAUCGCUCAAGGUAUCGCACGAGUUGGUCGUCG